CCGAGCAGCAUCAGCUCAGGACCUUCAGUUCGGUUCCACAUCGCAAUAUCCAAAAGCACGAAAAAAUGGAUUCUUGGCUCACAAUAAUGCUGAUGUGUGGACUUCUUAUAGCACCUCUUCAAGGAACCGAUGGAUUCAGACUUCGACGUUCUAAACAAGACAAGAACCAAAUGCUGGAAACAAAUAUCAAGCAACUACAAAAUCAUUACAACACACUUGGUGCAGAAUGGGUCAGGAUAAAAGUUUUUGAUCUGGACCGGCUGAAUGUUUUGAAGUCAAGUUCAUGCACCUGUCAGUCGCUGAUGCUCGAAGGAAUGUUGAAUGUCUAUGAAAAAAUCUUCACGGAUAUGCUCAAGAAGUUGGAGAAGAAAGAACUGAAAGCCAGCGUCAAUGAUAUCAUGAAAGAGGUUAAAAAUGUGAGAGAUAAAUACAGUGUGGAACAAAAGCUUUGGAAAGACCUUCACCAUGUCAAGGAGAAAAACAGCACAAUCCAAGGAGUGGCGUUGAAUGAGUUUCUCAUGGUGAUUAAUGAAGCCUACACAGAGAAAGAAGAUUCGCGAUCCAAUCAAAGUACUGUCUGA